GCACAGCACGACGACCGCAGAUCUGGCCGAACAUUGGGGAGAGCAGCUGGAUUUGGUCAAGCAGCAGCACGGGCAUCGCCAUCCGACUGAAUAGCAGCGCAAGCCAUGGCCACCACCACCACCACCACGCUGCCGCUCCCAGGAUUUCUGGUGCCUCCUCCCAGCGACCAUCCGUAUCCGUCUGUCGCUGUCCACCAGGACGCCAGCGUCGAUCCAUGCUCCAUCCAUGUGUCGCUCUUUGUCAAGGUCCAGAAUCCCGCCCAGAUCAAGAACACAAUCAUCAAGAGCCCUGACACGAUUCCACAAUGCUCGAUGUUGGAUGCUCGCAAGGUUCUGGACCCGUCGCUGAUCCAGCUUGCGGCGCAGAAGGCCAUCCUCGCGCGAGUUCAGGGCAAGAUGAAAACCAAAUCGAUCUAUUCGGAACUGCUAUUCAACUUUACGCCAGGAACGAGUAUUACCGAAUCGCUCAAGUUCUUUGGAGUCUCGGACAAGACCAAUGCCAUAUUUGUAGUUUUCAUCGGAGAGCCAUCGGCAGAGGGAUUGGCCAAGAUCCAGUCGCUCGUGCAAGGAGAACUUGUGCCGCUGAGUCGCCACGCCGAACUGGUGGACCUGCAGGCGGUUGAGAAGAUCUACAAGCUCGGAUCGAGCAAUGCAGCAGAGCGACUAUCGCUGGUCACAAGCUCGAUGGCGCUGAAGGGAUACCAGUGACGAUCCGAGGGCAGGGUGGACGAGGCACGACCAGCGCAGAACGGGCUUUGAGACAAAACCACAGCAGGUGUCCGCGCCCGUCUGAGACUCGCUCUGCGGCGGACGGAGGUGGCCGCUGCACGUUGCUGUCAUGAAUGGAACUAUCAAGUCGUUGGCCCAUG